GAAACGAUCUUCUGCAAAACGGAACCACAACAAAGAAUUAAUAGAGAAAACAGUUGUUCGAAGACAGUGAUAGAAUUGAUUUGGUUCACUGAUUUCUAUAGCAAGUUUUAAUAAUUUUUGGAUAUCACAUUUUACAAGGAAAACUCAACUUACAUAAAGAGACAUCAUGACUUCUCAAGAGAAACAGGCUGGAAAUGGAACUAAUGAACUUGACGAUGAAUUUGUGGACAACAGUGUUCCCGUUUCUUUGGGUGAAAAGAAGACUUUGAAUGAAUACGUACAUAUGGAUGCCGAGGACCCCUCUUUAACCAAAUGGAAAGAGUCUCUUGGUAUUUCUAACAAGGGAUACUCUCCUCCUAAUGACCCUAGAACAGUGGUGAUUGAACAACUCAGCUUGCUUGUCAAUGGUCGUGAUCCCAUCCAUGUCGAUAUGCAAGAUGAAGGCAGUGUGGAACAAAUUCAAAAGAAGGGUUUCGUCAUUAAGGAGGAUAGUGAAUAUAGAAUUGCUGUCCGCUUCCGUGUCCAACAUGAACUCAUUUCCGGCUUACGCUAUGUCCAAGUUGUUCGUCGAGUAGGAAUGACAGUUGACAAGUCGUCUACUAUGAUUGGCUCUUAUAGCCCUAAUGAAACUCCAUAUGAAUUUACUACGGAACCCGAAGAAGCUCCUAGCGGAUUCCUUGCCCGUGGUCAUUACGAAGCUAUUGGUAAAUUUAUCGAUGAUGACCAAGUUGUCCAUCAUGUAGUUCAAUGGUCAUUUGAUGUCACAAAAAAUUGGAAGUAAGUCGAAUCUGCGUGACUGACAGGCAUUAUUCUGCUGAAACAACAGGACCCAAACUUAUUAUCCCAACUUUGUCUAAUUUUGCCUUCUUUUUUCUAUUGUUGCUCUAUCACUGUUUGAUUCUUGAUCACUUGCUUGCUUUGACAGAUGCUACGCUUUUACUUUUGCUAAAAAUGCUUACGAAAACAACUAGCACUUCCUAUUCAUAGUAUAUCGUGCUUUGAUGAAUUAUAUUCCAAUUUAUUCCAAGAUUUCUUUGAAGUUUGUUUUUGUUCAGAGCCUUUACUACCAAAACCCUAUCAUUCAAGUUGCUAGCUUUCCACGUCAUCUUGUGCUGAUUAUCAUACCCUCUUCUGAAAGCUGUAAGAAUUAAUCAAACGGUAUAAACCGGCUUGUAUUACUUUCUUUUUCAUUCAUCCUUUUUCAGUUCUAGCUUAAGCUCAUAUUAUAAUACAAAGUCGGAAUUCCCUAAGUAAUAAAGGGCUUUAAACUAGAGAAAUCAGUAAUAUUUGUUACUUCACCGAAAAGUAACAAUAUCACGGCCUCUCCCUUACUACCGUCUUUUGGUAUCCUCCUAU